GGGGAGUGGGGCGCGCGAGCCGCAUGAGUGGAUGGAGCCGGGCUCGGGGCUGCAGCGGCGAGGGCCGGGACUUGGCGGGGGGCUGGGCUCGGCCGGGGUCUCCCCUGCGCUCUCGGGGCCUCAGGGCCGCCGCAGGAAGCAGCCGCCGCGCCCGGCGGACUUCAAGCUGCAGGUGAUCAUCAUCGGGUCGCGGGGCGUCGGCAAGACCAGCCUGAUGGAGCGCUUCACGGACGACACCUUUUGCGAGGCCUGCAAGUCCACCGUAGGUGUUGAUUUUAAAAUCAAAACAGUAGAGCUAAGAGGAAAGAAAAUUAGAUUACAAAUCUGGGACACAGCAGGUCAGGAAAGAUUCAACAGCAUUACCUCAGCUUAUUACAGAAGUGCCAAGGGAAUUAUAUUGGUGUAUGAUAUCACGAAGAAGGAGACGUUUGAUGACUUGCCAAAAUGGAUGAAAAUGAUUGAUAAGUACGCCUCAGAAGAUGCCGAGCUACUACUGGUUGGAAAUAAGUUAGACUGUGAAGUGGACAGAGAAAUUAGUCGCCAACAGGGAGAAAAAUUUGCACAGCAGAUAACUGGGAUGCGGUUUUGUGAAGCUAGUGCCAAGGAUAAUUUUAACGUGGAUGAAAUAUUUCUGAAACUAGUUGAUGACAUCCUAAAAAAGAUGCCUUUGGAUGUAAUAAGGAAUGAAUUGUCCAACAGUAUCCUGUCCCUACAACCAGAGCCAGAAAUUCCACCAGAACUGCCUCCUCCAAGACCUCACGUCCGUUGUUGCUGACUUGCUGCUUCGUCCAGAGUGGAAAUGAUGAGUGGGAGGAAGGAAAGAAGGACAAAAGCACCUGUACUACUCUGCACUACAAUCAUGUGGCAGUGUCUUGUUGCACUUUGAUUCAGAGUCAGAGCUACACACUAAAUUUGUAAAUAUGCAAAUAUGCAAACCUGGGUAGGAUUCAGCUGUAACUGGUUAAGUAUUGCCCUUCCCACAAGUGUUUUUUCACUCCUCUUUCCCAGAACUAUAAAUAUUGUACAAUUGGCUGGGAAAUGCAGCACUCCGAAACCUAGGAUGUAAGAAAUUAAAUGCAUACUUUACUUAUUCUGAACAUAAAUGUUGUAAUAGUCCUUAAUAUAAACAAAAUCUCUCUUCUAGUAUAUGGUGCUUUCUUUGCUAGCUUUUUUUUUUUAAGAUAAUUUUUUAAAAUUUAGACUUACAUGUAUAAAGAUUUCUUAAGCAGCAUUGUUUCCCACAAGAAUUUAAGAAGUUUUUACCGUAGCAUCUUAAAAUGACUGACAGCACAAUUCUAUGUAUGAUUACUCAGAAUUAAGUUCUACUUUGUUAGUGGGACUUAUGUCUGUGUAAGUGUGCAUAGGAUAGCAGCCCGAAAACGCAAACCCUCAAGUACUGCUGCUAUGCAGCCGCCCUUCAUUUCAUUGGAGCUGGCAUGUGUGCUACCAAACACCAUUGGAAUGAGCAGGGAUUGUAUAGAAGCAGAAUUCAGUGGAUUGAGUCCUGGACACAGACAAAUGGUAUUUCCGGCAGUUCUUUAGUAUUUAUUAUAUUUCAUGCUCGGUUGUGUGUGUGUGUAUGUGUACUAAUGCACUACAUUCUUUGCAGUUUUUAAAGGUUGAAUUGUCAACUUCCACAGUCCGUUUACCCAAAUAUAAAUUAGCUAGCAAUCAGAUUCUGUAUAAAGCAGAGAUAUAUUUGCAAAUUAUUAAAAAAAAGAUAUAAAAGGCAUUGCUGCUGUCCUAGAUAAAUUCUUUUUAAAAUCAUUUUUAGGACAAGACAUUGAACAAAAUGGGGAUAUAAGUUUUGUUAAAAUAUACUUUUUCUAAUAGUUGAGCUUACUCCCUUCAACUAUGCUGUACUACAGGAUUUUUUAAUUAUUAUUAUUUUUGUCUGAAUGAAUUUGUGAACUAUAUCUUUUUUGGUAUAUCUUUUGUUAAAACUGCACUGUAUAGUUUAGCUGUGGUAAACCAGUAGCUGCGUAUUUGAAUAACUUGAUGUGUCCUAAAAGUUUGUUGUGGUAUUGAAAAGCAUUGUCAUUCUAAAUUAAAGACAUGCCAAUAAAUUUUGUAUUUAUGAAUGACAAUGAAACUGCAUCUCUUAUUAGAAUGUCAAAUAUCAAAUGUUGGUCAAAAAAGAAAAAUCAAAUCUUUGGAGAAAAUUCAAAAUAUUUAAUUUCCUGGUUGGUAAAAGCAGGAUAAUUGGAUGUGUUAACUUGCACCACAAUCCUGAAAAUGUUUACUCAGUUGUGAGUUCAGUGGGGUUUACUCCCUAGUAAACAUUCAGAACUGCAGCCCUACUCAUAAUUGUGACCUAUAUUGCCAUAAGACUUAAUUGUUAUAGCAGCUCAGCAGGGCAUAGCAAAAGGUUUGAUGAUUCAUGGAGCAUAAAAUAGAACCACUGGCUUUCAAACUCCAAAUUGCCAUUAUUUUCUAGUGCCUGAGACUCUGUUCUAUGUGCGAAGCAAUUAGUCUGAUAAGCAGUGGGUUCCACUGAUUGUCCUGGCAUUUUGUCUUCAGGUUUCUGGAGGAAAUUAAGAAUGUUAAAUAAUUGGGAGCAGUUUAAGUGUAUGAUAGUUCCUACUAAUCUUGGUAUACCUCUUUUGGAUAAUUUAGUUUCAACUAAUAAAAGAUGCACAAUUGAAAUGUAUUAUUUCUGCUACCACAAUGUGCCUAUACAAGUGUCAUUCUUCAAACAUAUACUGUGUGGCUUUCUAUAGUAUUGGCUCGAUGAAGUUUGCCAUUUUUGUAGCACUGGUAGGACUUGUAAUAAUGCUGUGGGCAAUAACAGUGGAAAGGAAUUUAUGGACAGUAAGUUUAAACUUGACAGACAUUAGGUGAUUUCCCUGUAUUUAAAAAAAAGUGUUUUGCCUUCAGUUCUUGAAUAAAAAUGUAAGAAAACAGG